AGCCACUCAGCAGCGAUAGCGUCGCGAUUUGAGCCGAAACCGAAGCCUUUCUACACUCCGUCCUCCACAACCACCUCGGCCACACCUCGCACCACAGCCACACCACGAUACUCGAAUGCAAGCAGUGAAGCCGCCAAAAUCGCAGCUCAGGUGGCAAGUCUCGGCCCAUCAGUAACAGCCCGAGCGUCGCGAUUUGACACCACCACGCGCGAUAGUGCGAGCAAAUAUCGCAGCGAAGCACGCGAUAUCAUCAACAAAUGGACGAGCCGAGAAAGGAAUAGUGGUGAGAUUAUCAAUGUCUUUGCUUGUGAUGUUGUGCCUAGAUAAUC